AUAACAGACAUGGAAACAUGCAAUGAUGACGGGGACUAUGUAAAUGGAAUGAAAAAUGUAGAUUCUAAAGAAAAUAGACACGACGAGGAACUAUAUUUAGAAGCCGUGCAGCGUGUUAUUGACCACGGGCAUAGAAAAAGCAACAGGACAGGCAUCGAUACAUUGUCUAUCUUUGGGAUGCAAAUGAGAUACAAUCUUAGAGAUUCUUUCCCGCUGCUUACAACGAAGCGAGUAUUCUGGCGAGGUGUGGCUGAGGAACUGCUGUGGUUUGUCCAGGGCUGUACAAACGGCAAGAAACUCAGCGAGAAAGGCAUCCACAUCUGGGACGCCAACGGCUCGCGGGAGUUCCUGGACAACCUUGGUCUGACCCACAGAGAGGAGGGCGACCUGGGGCCAGUUUACGGCUUCCAGUGGCGACACUUCGGGGCUGAGUACAAAGACAUGCACACAGACUACACUGGUCAAGGAGUGGACCAACUGAAAGAGGUAAUUGAUAAAAUAAAGAACAACCCAGAUGAUAGACGGAUCAUUAUGUCAGCCUGGAACCCAUGUGACCUAAAUAAGAUGGCUCUCCCUCCCUGCCAUGCCUUCGUCCAGUUCUACGUGUGUAAUGGUGAGCUCUCCUGCCAGCUGUACCAGCGAUCGGGCGACAUCGGUCUGGGCGUACCGUUUAACAUUGCCAGCUACUCCUUACUGACCUACAUGAUUGCCCACAUCACAGGACUUAAGCCUGGCGAUUUCGUCCACACCUUGGGUGACGCCCAUGUGUAUGUCAAUCACCUGGAGCCAUUAAAAGUUCAGCUUCAGAGGAAACCCAGACCCUUUCCCAAGUUAAUGAUCAAGAGACAGGUAGAAGACAUUGAUGAUUUUAAGUUCGAGGACUUUGAGAUUGUAGGGUAUAAUCCUCACCCUAAAAUAGCCAUGGAAAUGGCUGUGUAAUGAUAGAAGACAUUCUUAUUACAGUUCAGUAGAUUUUGUAUUUUUUGAUAAU